UAAAGAACAGACCCCAUGACAGUACUCGCACUUUGCAAGUUCGCACUAGUCGCACUACUCGCAGUUGGAAAGCACCGGGUCGCACACUGCGUUACGCUGUGUCGCUUGUGUAUAUUGCUGGAAAGCACCUUAUAUUGACGCGAAAUUUUUCGGCAACUAUGUCGCGGCGAUCCAGGUAUUUUAUAAACGAAUACUGUGCGCGCGAAGAGGAAAUUGCCAAUGACCUAGCGUUGAUACGACUCGAUAUUAAUAAUAGUCAGUGCGCCGCUAAAGAUAACCUACGCAAGAUUUUGCGGCGUAUCGUUGACAAAGAACCACCUGAACGUGCAGAAAUUGAUGGUGGAUUGUAUGUUGGUGCGUCCGGUAUUUCUUACGCAUUUAUGCGACUUGCCAAGUGCGCCGCCUUGGAAUCGGAAACCAGUAAAAAGCAUUUGUCACUGGCUGAUCAUUAUCUGCGUUCAUCUUUGUCAAUGGUGCAACGUCGUGAAGGACGUUCCAGCACCGGUUUUCUUCUAGGCGAUUGGGGUAUUCUGGCAGUGGGCGCAGUUCUUGCAGCUAUUCGGAAAGAUAAUGAAACUGCAACUGAAUUGAUAAAACGCUAUAUUGCAAUGGGAGAGCGCUGUAAGGAAGUAAACUUUUUGAAAUGCGGCUCGGACGAGGUUUUUGUAGGACGUAGCGGCUAUCUAUAUGGUGCACUAUGGUUGAAUCGAAUGAUGGAAAGAAUCGUUGUGCCACUUGAUAUAAUGCACGAAAUUGCACGAACAAUUAUUGCUUCGGGCAAGACAUAUGUACAAGUGCAUAACACUCCAUGUCCACUGAUGUAUGCAUACUAUGGCACAGAAUAUCUAGGAGCGGCUCAUGGACUCUGUGCAAUUCUACAAAUUCUUAUACAGGUACCAUCAUUCCUUGAUAAUGAUGCAGACAUUGACAGAACUGUACGAACGUGCGUAGAUUAUAUGCUGAGCCUACAAACAACAACCGGUAAUUUUCCAUGUUCCAUGGAGGAGAUAGAUCGUUCUGGACGAAGUCCCAAAGACAACGACGACGAAUUGGUACAUUGGUGUCACGGUGCUCCUGGUGUUAUUUACAUGAUGGCAGCCGCAUAUUUGCGUUGGAAAGAUAACCGUUACCUUGAUUCAUGCAAACGUGCUGGUGAUCUUGUCUGGCGCAAAGGCCUUCUACGUAAAGGAUCUGGAAUUUGUCAUGGCGUGGCGGGCAAUGGCUAUGUCUUUCUCCUUCUAUACAGGCUUACCGGUGAUGAGCGUUACCUUUAUCGUGCUGCUAAAUUUGCAGACUUUAUGAAUUCGUCACAGUUUCAAACUGACGCACGCAUUCCUGACAUGCCGUACUCGCUGUAUGAAGGUAUUGCUGGUACUGCCUGUUUUCUCGCUGAUCUUAUGGAACCAGACAAAGCUCAUUUUCCUUUCCAAGAUGUAUUCUAAUUGUAAGAUCCAAAUGUUAAAAGAGAACAAUUUCUAUUUUCAUUGUGAUACGAACCUCUUUAAAAUUAGUUUGAUUCUCUUUGUGUCCGUGAUUAUAAUAUUGUGACAAUGAGAUAAUUAAUUACUGAGAUAAAAAGAAAAAGUUAUAAAUUGAGUACGUCCUAUAAGUAAAUUUU